UUUUAUUUAUCUACUGAAUAAAAUGACAGAUACGUUGGGUGACUCUGAGCUAAUUGAAUUGAAUAUUUCUACCGGUUAUGAGAUUGCCACAACAUAUCCAGAUAACAAUCCCACCAAUGAAAACGAUGGAUAUACAUUGGAUCCAGAACUUCGAGCGAUGAAUGGUUUCAGAAUAUUUGUCUGCGCUAUUGGAGUUUUGGGUAACAUUAUCGUGAUUGCAAUGAUUUUGUUGCUGACUGAAUUUAAAAAGGGAGUCACACAUUGGUAUAUUCUUCAGCUUGCAAUAGCUGAUUCAGCAUUUCUUCUUACUCUCCCGUUCCAAGUUGUUGAAGAUGCUAACAACGAAUGGAUAUUUCCAGAUGGGAUGUGCAAAGCAAAAGAAGCUGUUUUAUUCAUAAAUUAUUAUAGUUCAAUUUCUUUCCUCACGGUGAUGGCUUUGGAUCGUUACAUUGCAGUGUGUCACGCAUUCUCAGACCGCUUGCAAAAAUUACGAACUACAAAAGCAGCAUAUAUUAUCACGGCUAUUGUAUGGACAGUUUCGAUAUUGAUAUGUAUACCUAUCAUGAUGUACAGCAAAAAACGAGGACGUGAACCUUAUUGUAAAUGCGAACUGCAAUUCCCGGAGUAUGGUCCCGAAAUGUCAGCUCACGACAUUUGCUUGGGUGAAGGUUUCUAUCCCGACAAUGAUUCCGUAUCAGGGUACACAUACGAAGAAUGUAUAAGAGACAUGGCCGAAAUGAACAACUCUCCUGCCUGUUCUCCGCCAAAGGAUUACGUUUAUGAUUACAGCGGAGAACCUGAAAGUGAUGAAUCGGGUGAAACUCUUCAACCAUGGUGUCAUUAUAUUAAAUAUAACCAGGGAUUUAUUGGAUUCCUCUACUUUAAUUUUAUCGUGAUGUUCAUCGUCCCUUUUAUGAUUAUCGCAGCUUGUUACAUUCUGAUCAUUGUUCAUUUACACAAAAAGCGAUUUCGAGGGGACGCAUCGAGUAGAAAAACAAAAGAUGAUAAAGACACCGAUAGAGUGAUGAUUAUGUGCGCAAUACUAGUCAUUGUAUUUGCUGUCUGUUGGAUUCCGUAUCACUCUGUUCACAUGGCAAAAAUGACAGGAAUUUCAGGAACGAGUGACUUCUGCAGCAAACUAUUCUACGGGGCUUCUCUUAUGGUAUAUUUGAACUCUGCAAUUAAUCCAUACGUCUAUUUCAUUGCUGCAAGAUUUAAAACGCAAUUAAGACUAAUGAAAAACAGUAAACCUUUUCUGUGAUGAUGUCGUUUUUUCGGCAAGGCAACAAAGACUGACUCAAGUAACAAUAAAUCACCAAGGCAAACAAUUGAAAAGAUAAAAACGAAAUCGAGGACCGAGUACAGGAAGCUACUGGACAAUAGAAACACAGCAAUACCAAAGAUGUUUGGAGCAAAUAAAAACUCCAUAACGUUCUAUUGAAACAACCUCGUUUCAUCCAAAUAUAAAACAUUACGUCGACGUUGAAUUAUAAUACAUAGCGGCUUGCAGACAAAAAAAAACUCGUUGUUUUGCUAUAUUGGUUUCAAUGACAUAGUUUUUCUUAUAUGUUAUGCUACUAGAACGUAUUUUUGUGAUAAAAUGUGAACGGUAUAACUGAGAAACAUUUUGGUUUAGCACAACUCAAUUUUUAGUCUCUUGUUUUAAAUGAUUGAACAGUUGAAGCAUAAUAAUCCUAAUGCUAAAUUAGUUUAACUACCUUAAUUAAGAAGCUUCAAAUUUCACUUUGAUUUUUGCGUAAAAAUUACAUAUUCGUAUACAAAAAUUUAGUUUAUAGUCUAAAUAUCUAUAGACACUAUUACGCAAUGUUAUUAGCCAUCAGAAAAAUGGGUAAACCAAAAUCCAACUCUUGUGAGUUAAUAAAAUAUAUUAAAACGAGGAAUAGAAAAAUUCACGUACGUUAUUUUAUUCACACGUGUUUUGAGAGCGAUCUGUUUUGUAAAAAUAAAAAUUUUCAUUUCUAUCCAAUUUACAUUUGUUGGAAACGUUUUUCAAUCAUGUUAAAUAUGAUUUUGUUACCUCUUUUCAAAUAUUUGACAUUGGUUCAUUCGUUGAUUGCUUUCGUUGAUGGCAUUAUUCAAUCAUGGUCUUUGUAUGUAAAACAUAAUAAAAUCAUAAAAUUGCA